AUGGAAGCUCUUCCAGGACUUUAUUUUGAAUUAGGAGACCCUGAUCUUGUUUUACUGGAGCUGAAGAUAACUUGGGAAUUGUCUUUGAGGAACGCCCACCAUGGACAGCAUAGACACUGUCUUAGCAUGUGGAAUGAUGACCAACAAAGUGGUGGGUCUAACGCAUCCAGCAUCCCUGUAGGCCUUGAAGAUUUGUUGGUUUCUCAUUUGAGGCGUCCAACUCCUGAGAAGCCCUCUGAUCAAGACAAAGUGGAGGAGGGUCAACAGACAAAAAAUGAGUCCCAAGAAUCACCUGGCCGACAGGAACUGGUGGUGCCACAGCCACCUGCAACCAUCGAACCACAAAAUGAUGGAGACAUAGACCCUGAGUUCCUUGCAGCACUUCCUCCAGACAUUCAGGCAGAAGUUUUGGCACAGCAACAAGCACAAGGGGCUCACCGAGCCCAUGAAUUGGAAGGUCAACCCGUGGAGAUAGAUAUUGUAUCCAUAAUAGCCACAUUCCCUUCAGAACUAAGGGAAGAGGUUCUUUUAACAUCAUCUGAUGCGGUUCUUGCUAAUUUGACACCUGCUCUUGUUGCGAAGGCAAAUAUGUUGCGAGAGAGGUUUGCACGUCGUUAUAUCGGACACUAUUUGGUAUGUUCCCAAGAAGUAGGAGGGAUGAGUCUUCUAGAAGAGGGGAAGGAGAUGGAUCCAACAUGGAUAGAAGUGGUGGGAUCAUUACCUAUAGGUCAAGUGGAAGUAAGCCUGUUGAAACUGAUGGAGCCCUUCUAG